UUGCACCUCGAUAGGUUCCGAGGCGGGCCGGUGGAGUUUCCAGGGGCUGGGCUGGUUUCCACGACAUUUGCUGUAGGUCGAGAGAGGAGUGCAGAUCAGGCUAAUGAACUAGAGGAGUCCCAGCCACGACCCGGAGCGGUCCCGCCCACCUGCUGCAAGAGGCCGGGCAGAAAGAAAGACGAUGGGUGAUGCUGGCCCCAGGAUGGAGGUGUGCCCUCAUUGUAAGAAGCCAUUUAAGCGAUUAAAAUCCCACUUGCCACACUGUAAGAUGAUAGGAUCACCCACAUCUGCCGAUCAAAAAGUUUAUCAGUCCAAGCCAGCUACACUCCCACAUGCUAAAAAAGAGACAAGGCCUACCAGAGACCUAACCAGAGCUGAAGGAAAAGAGCGAGAGAUGGAAAAUGCAAAAAGAAAUGCAAAAUCAGCAGAGGGCAGACCAGAAUGGACAGCUGCCACCUUUCCACUGCCGGGAGGAGUCUUGGAAAGAGCAGGUACAACAGAAGCAGGAAGAGAAGCCAGCGAUCAAAAUCAGCCCUCCUUCGAAGCACUGAGACACGCCAAGAUAAAGGUGGUUCUGCAGAGGGGGACAGCCCCUCAGGCUCGUGCUUCUGACGCCACCUCUCCCAAGAGAGAACCUGACAGAGAUGUGACUGAAUCCAAGGGAAGUCCACGUCAUCCCUCAGAGACCAAAGCAUCUUUACUGGUUGGCUCAAUGGAACCAGCUUCAUCUAAUGAAGGCAAAAAAUAUCCCUCGGUUGCGCAUCAUGCUAAACCAGCCAUUUCUGCAAGUCUGAAAUUGGAUACAGUUGAUCCCCAAAGACAGAAGCUUCUGACAAAAUUACUAGACGUGCCUGUUAGUGAUUGUUAUUCUCCAAAGAAUGACAGCCAUGGGGUUCAGGGAGGAAGACCCUCAAUGUUGAUCAGGAAGGGCAGUUCCCAUGAUGGAGACCACCUCUCAGGAGUCCCCCUCGACCCUGGCAAGGAGACUCAGGAGAAGUCCAAAUCACUCUUCUUGGGCCUUCACAACACUCCACUGGGUAAAGCGCAAGUCAGAGAGCACCAGGAACACGGCCAGACCAAGGGAAAUCCUGCCACAGAAUUACAGGAACAGGCUUGCCUGAGCCGUGGUGCUAAGGAUCCCAUUUUACCCCCAAAGGCAAAAACACAGGCAGCCCUUGCACUUUUGGAUGUAUUUACUCCAGCAGAGGGAACUUCGAGUAAGCUGCUCUCUGUACCAGAGACAGGGCAUCAGCACCUUGCCUCUCUGGCUGUGAAGUCUCCGGAAGACAAUUCCCAAUUCUGUGGCCAGAGUCAAGUCCCUACCAUAACACUAUUAGUGGGAAGCAAGAGGGACGGUCUGGAACCCACGGCUUUCCGCCAACCCCAUGCAGCCCAGACAGGGUACCACAUACCGUCAUAUUCAGCUCCAUACCCCGGGUCUAAAAGCUCUUUGGUCAGUCAUGUUGCUGCCGACUCGGGUGCUGCUCCCGGGUCCGUGGGACUGGAGUGGUUUCCCGAACUCUAUCCUGGUUACGUUGGUCUAGGAGUGUUGCCAAGGGGGCCUCAGCAUUGGAACUCCAUGGCUCAGAUGCCUCUUCCUGUCACUUCCCAGGGUGCGAGUGUCUCGAAAGUUCCUUGGUGGGGACGAAGUUCGGCUGAUAGCAGGAGUUCGGGACCCCUGGCGCUUACAGCUUCCAGCUUCCCUCUAAUGCGGCUCUUGGGAGCUGUGCACAAAGGCUGGGUGAGAUGCAACACCACCGUAAGGAAGAGCGGUGUCGGGGGCCUCACGAUGCUCUUCGCUGGCUACUUCAUCCUGUGCUGUAGCUGGAGCUUCAAGCAUCUGAAGCUGCAGCGCUGGCGGAAGUAAUGCUGAACAGGUCUGGGAGCCACAGAGGUGUGUGACGGAGACAGCUGCACACCGAGGCCACACUUUAAAUUUGUACUGGGACAUGGAGGGCGCAAACAAUAAAACUGCUGAAGCCA